AUGCUCAUCCCAGAUGUGGUGGCAGCCAUCUGGGACUGCCUCGUGGAGGAGUUCAUGGCUGUGCCUGGAGCAGAGGAGUGGAGGUCCAUAGCGCAGGACUUUGAGAGCAGCCGUCCUCCUGUGGACUCAACUGUGGACUCACCUGUGGACUCACCUGUGGACUCACCUGUGGACUCACCUGUGGACUCUCCUGUGGACUUUCCUGUGGACUCUCCUGUGGACUCACCUGUGGACACACCUGUGGACUCUCCUGUGGCCUCUCCUGUGGACUCACCUGUGGACUCUCCUGUGGACUCUCCUGUGGACUCUCCUGUGGACUCAACUGUGGACUCAACUGUGGACUCAACUGUGGACUCUCCUGUGGACUCAUCUGUGGACUCUCCUGUGGACUCACCUGUGGACUCUCCUGUGGACUCACCUGUGGACUCACCUGUGGACUCAACUGUGGACUCUCCUGUGGACUCAUCUGUGGACUCUCCUGUGGACUCACCUGUGGACUCACCUGUGGACUCUCCUGUGGACUCUCCUGUGGACUCACCUGUGGACUCUCCUGUGGACUCUCCUGUGGACUCACCUGUGGACUCACCUGUGGACUCUCCUGUGGACUUUCCUGUGGACUCACCUGUGGACUCACCUGUGGACUCAUCUGUGGACUCUCCGGUGGACUCACCUGUGGACUCACCUGUGGACUCACCUGUGGACUCACCUGUGGACUCACCUGUGGACUCAUCAACUGUGGACUCUCCGGUGGACUCACCUGUGGACUCACCUGUGGACUCAACUGUGGACUCAACUGUGGACUCAACUGUGGACUCUCCUGUGGACUCAUCUGUGGACUCUCCUGUGGACUCACCUGUGGACUCUCCUGUGGACUCAACUGUGGACUCUCCUGUGGACUCAUCUGUGGACUCUCCUGUGGACUCACCUGUGGACUCACCUGUGGACUCUCCUGUGGACUCUCCUGUGGACUCACCUGUGGACUCUCCUGUGGACUCUCCUGUGGACUCACCUGUGGACUCACCUGUGGACUCUCCUGUGGACUUUCCUGUGGACUCACCUGUGGACUCACCUGUGGACUCACCUGUGGACUCAUCUGUGGACUCUCCGGUGGACUCACCUGUGGACUCACCUGUGGACUCACCUGUGGACUCACCUGUGGACUCACCUGUGGACUCACCUGUGGACUCAUCUGUGGACUCUCCGGUGGACUCACCUGUGGACUCACCUGUGGACUCAACUGUGGACUCAACUGUGGACUCAACUGUGGACUCUCCUGUGGACUCAUCUGUGGACUCUCCUGUGGACUCACCUGUGGACUCUCCUGUGGACUCAACUGUGGACUCAACUGUGGACUCUUCUGUGGACUCAUCUGUGGACUCUCCGGUGGACUCACCUGUGGACUCACCUGUGGACUCACCUGUGGACUCAACUGUGGACUCAACUGUGGACUCAACUGUGGACUCUCCUGUGGACUCAUCUGUGGACUCUCCUGUGGACUCACCUGUGGACUCUCCUGUGGACUCACCUGUGGCCUCACCUGUGGACUCUCCUGUGGACUCAUCUGUGGACUCUCCUGUGGACUCACCUGUGGACUCACCUGUGGACUCUCCUGUGGACUCACCUGUGGACUCACCUGUGGACUCUCCUGUGGACUCUCCUGUGGACUCAUCUGUGGACUCUCCUGUGGACUCACCUGUGGACUCACCUGUGGACUCUCCUGUGGACUCACCUGUGGACUCACCUGUGGACUCUCCUGUGGACUCACCUGUGGACUCUCCUGUGGACUCACCUGUGGACUCACCUGUGGACUCAACUGUGGACUCAACUGUGGACUCACCUGUGGACUCACCUGUGGACUCUCCUGUGGACUCACCUGUGGACUCACCUGUGGACUCACCUGUGGACUCACCUGUGGACUCUCCUGUGGACUCACCUGUGGACUCUCCUGUGGACUCACCUGUGGACUCACCUGUGGACUCACCUGUGGACUCUCCUGUGGACUCUCCUGUGGACUCUCCUGUGGACUCACCUGUGGACUCACCUGUGGACUCUCCUGUGGACUCUCCUGUGGACUCACCUGUGGACUCAACUGUGGACUCAACUGUGGACUCACCUGUGGACUCUCCUGUGGACUCUCCUUUGGACUCACCUGUGGACUCUCCUGUGGACUCUCCUGUGGAAUCACCUGUGGACUCCCUUUUAAACAAAUUCGAAAUCAAAGCAAACCCGUGCAGUACCGCCGGGUCAGCUCUCUGCCCAGGACUGACCUUGCCGAGAUCCUCAAACCUCCGAACCAGCCUUGGCUCGAGCCGCAUCCCCACGAUACAGAGACAGAACCGGUGA